AUACCUUCAAUAAGUACUCUUCCCUCCCUCCCCCCUUUCAUUCACAUUCCUCUCAUUCUUCUUCCUCAUUUUCUCCUUAAUUCUUUCAAAUUCUCCUUCGAUUAUGUACUCAACUCUACCUUUCUCCCUCGCGAAACCGGUUUUCUUCCCUCCAGGAGCCUCUCAUUCGCCGCCCCAUGCCGUUCGAUUCGGUUUCAGAGCCGCCCCCUGCCGGGCCUCGGUUCAGACGUUCGCUGCAGAAGCGCCUGCCGCGACGAUUAGGACGAGAGGGAGCCUCUACGAGGUUCUCAGAGUGAAGGAAACGGCGUCGUUCACUGAGAUCAAGACAGCUUAUCGAAGUUUGGCGAAGGUGUACCAUCCCGACGCCUCGGAAUCGGACGGCAAUGAUUUCAUACAGAUCCACAACGCCUACGCCACACUGUCCGAUCCGACCACCAGGAUGCGCUAUGAUUUGUCGCUGGUUACAGACAGGAGACCAAAGGCACGCUAUUCACGGGCUUACCCGACCCGAACAUGGGAAACGGAUCAGUGCUGGUAGAACAGUUGGGUUAAAUUGAAGUAUUUUUGUUUUUUCUCUUUGUUUUGGGAAAGUGGUUUAGGUUUUAGGUACCGGAGUGUGUACAUGUCGGGGGAUGUGACAAUCUCCGCCAGCAGAUGUAAAUUCUACAGUAAAUAGUUUCGGCAUAAUUUUAAUUUUAAUGAAGUUCCAGU